UUUUGUGGGAACUGUGAUGCAUGUUUUUCAGGAUUCUUUGAUGAAUAGAAAAAUGUGAGUGAUAUAGCUGUGUAAUUCGAGAGAGCUCUGCAUUUUUACUAAGUUGGUGCACACGAUCUUCAUAAUUUGUAUUAACCUGCUUUUUAUUCAGCCUUUAGCUGUUCAUUGGAUAUUUCCAGCCCCACUAUCUAUUGCUAAGAGAGAAUAACCACCUGAUGUGGAUAUUGAGAAAUCUGUUACACCAAUGGCACAUUUUUCCAAGGAGGUCAAAAGGUCAUUGAAAAUCACAAAGUCACAUCUUGCAAUUCAGCUUUACUGAUUAUAUUAGUGAACAUGUAUACUACAUCAAAAUUGAAUGUAAUAAAUUCUAAAUAAUUAAUGUCAUAGAGUGAAGAAUAGUGAUGUCUCUCUGAUAGGAGUAUUCUUUUUACAGUGCCUUUAUUCCUCACUACUCUCUUGUGUAGUGGAGGAGUGUGUUUGUUUGGGGAAGGCUCAGGUAUUUCUCACCCAGAUGAGGAGAGUUGGGAGCCUGGGAGAUUCUGGUGAGGGACCAGGAGGUCUUUUCGUCUGUCUCAGCAUCGCAUGCAAGGAGGGAGAAUGCUUUGAGGACCACUGCAGCUCCUCAUUGAAACCGUGCUCUCUGCCUUCUCUAAAAACCCCUUGACUGAGCUAAUCCAAGGGAUCAGAGCGUGUCCGUAAAGCACCUGGAAACCAUGGGAGCCUCCAGGGUGAAGGUAUUGGCUGUGUUCCUGUUGUGUGUCCUGCACACUCAGGCCCAGCAAGAUUAUUCUGGUUUACAAUCAGGAGAAGAACACAUGUAUGAAGGCUCAUUAGUCGAUCGAUAUGACGGACAUUCUGGAUUCACUGACAGUGUCAAGUAUCCUGCAGAGUCCAAACGCAGCAGUGAAGGUGAGCACUCGGCAUCUGGCUUCGACCCCUAUGCGCCUGCAGCCACCAUGGUCACCAUGAUCACUGAGGAAACAUACCCGUAUGCCACAGUCGUGGAAUCUUUCGAUUAUGCCAAAGAGGAUAAAACCUUAAUAGCACAGGUGCCAUAUGGAGGAGACGCUGAGCUGGGGCAGGAGAGACCCACUGAAUGCGACUGUGAAGCAGGAGAGCCGGGAUUUGGAGGCUUCGCUGGACCCAAGGGUUCUAGGGGUCUUCAAGGCAAACAGGGGUUACCUGGGGUCCAGGGAAGGGAGGGUUACAAAGGAACCAAAGGAGUAAGAGGAAAAGGAGGAGACACUGGUCCUGAGGGUGACUCUGGGCCUGAUGGAGAGGAUGGUGCAUCUGGUUUCUUUGGUGCAAUUGGCCUUCCCGGGUUACCAGGGGACCCAGGUGAAACUGGACUAUCUGGAUUCAAGGGUAAUUUCGGAAUAGAGGGUCCUCGUGGAGGAGUGGGUCUCUCUGGAAAGACUGGUCCUGUUGGCCCAAAAGGUAAAUCUGGAAAACCAGGUGGUAAAGGUGUUAAGGGUUCCAUUGGUAAAACAGGAAAACUGGGUCCUGAGGGACGACAGGGACAGAAGGGUCAGAUUGGAGCACCUGGAUUCUCAGGAGACCGUGGAGAGCAGGGUUACUUGGGUUAUACAGGAGUUCCCGGAGACCGUGGGGUGACUGGACCAAAGGGUGCUAAAGGUACAGGUGGCUUGCCAGGAAGUGAUGGGGAGCCAGGAGAGGAUGGUCCUCUGGGUGUUCCAGGAGUUGAGGGGGUGCCUGGGUUUUUUGGACCCAAGGGUUUGAAAGGUGAUCGUGGUCUGAGGGGGCCAUCUGGAAGAGUAGGAAGUGUGGGUCCACAAGGAGACAGUGGGGAUGCAGGAGUUCCAGGGAAACCUGGGCCAAAAGGCUUGCCUGGGCCCACAGGUGCCAAAGGGGAAACAGGCCCAGAUGGUGAGAAGGGGACACAAGGACGAAAAGGAGGGAAGGGUGCUAAAGCAGAUAAGGGAGACGCUGGAUCUCGUGGUGACAAAGGCCAGCGUGGAGUGAAGGGUCGUUUUGGCCGCGAUGGGCUUGUUGGUCCUAUUGGACCUCCAGGUCUUCCAGGUCCCAGAGGAGAAGGAGGACCUAGCGGAGACCUGGGAGGGAAAGGACAGAGUGGCCCGAAAGGAGAGCCAGGUGCACAUGGUCCAGGACUGACGGAUGACCAGAUAUUGCAGCUGUGUCAAGGUGUGGUCACUGCUCAGAUCUCCCAGUAUGCUGCAUCUAUACGUGCCAAAUGCGUACAGGGCUGUCCCAUCAACAACCGUACCCUCAUCGGACCCCCAGGUGUCACAGGACCCCCAGGAAGUUCAGGAAAAACAGGUAAAGCAGGAAAGGCAGGUGCUAAAGGAGAAAGAGGCCCCCAAGGCAUGAAAGGUCUAGAGGGCCAGAAAGGAGCUCCAGGGGACAGAGGUACAAAAGGUCAGAAAGGACAGAGAGGUGAUGCUGGCAAAGGUCUUCCUGGGCAUGAUGGUCACCAAGGCCUCAGAGGACUGCCAGGCCAUCCAGCAGAACCUAAAGAUGGCAUUGAGGGCCCACAGGGACCUCGUGGGUUUCCUGGGCGUGUGGGUCAGCCUGGCAUGGCUGGUGGUGCAGGAAUACCUGGUGUGUGCGAGGCGCGAGACUGCAGCAUUCAUGCACCUGUAGUGCGCAAAGAGAUGGGAUUGGUCAAAGGCCCCCUCAGCCAGGCCUGAGAACAGGGAGGAUUGUGAUUGACCUGGGACAGAAGGGCCUUUCUAGCAGAGACCAUGAAUAUUGUGCUGUUGGGUGCAGACUGGAAUCAAGACAGACUGGAGUCAAAACCUGGAGAUCAAGAGUCUCAUUUAUAAAUUGUUGCGUAGAAACCAUCCUACAUUUGAUCUUACGAUCAUUUCUCAAAUGUGCGUACGUGUGAUUUAG